AUGGCUUCAUCUUCAAACACACAAGUUUCUUUUCUCACUUCGCAAAUGAAUGAAUCUCGUAUCCGUGACUUCAACCAACGUAAUCUUAGGAAAGUUGUGGGUUCAACAAGGGCCAUAUCAGUUACAAAAGAAGAAUGGAAAAACACCUUAAUUGGCAAUCUGCAUUCAAAAGAUCCGAUGAAGACAGAUACUGAAUGGAAUGUGCAAUUCAAAAAUAUCCUUCUUGAACAUCAUGCAGUACCUGUCAUUGAUGAAGCUUUGGUAGAAUUGGGUCCUAAAAUAUGGACAAAGCCUGAUAAUUGUCGUCCAGAUUCUGGCACUGUUAUAACUGAAAGGGUUAAUAUUGACCUCAAAAAGUCUAUGCACAGGGGAGGAUGGUGGAACACUGUAGCUGGUGGAGUUACAUGGGUUCGGUAUCACUGGGAGAGACAGCCACACCUUCUUUGUAAUCAUUGUUUCACAGUAGAGCAUAAUGAUGAAGAAUGUGAAAAUACCGAGCUGGAUCUAAAGAUUAGGAGAUACAUUAAUGAAGAAUAUAUUAGUUACUGCCAUAACUUAGCAACGCAUUAUGGAGUGGAAAUAAUUGAGGAUUUGGACCAAUUGAUGCAACAAAUAUGUGAAGCAAGUCGUAAACAGCUGGAGGAACAAGAGAAGGCAGAGAAACUAGCAGAAGCAAGGAAAGCAAAACGAUCUAGAAGUGAUGAUGAUAUUGAAACUGAAAGUAACAUUGGUCAAAAUAUUGGUUCUACUGAUAAAAUAGAUAAUUUUGAUGGCAUGGAGCAUGAUUUGGCUGAGGAAGGAGAUCAACCUGCAAGAGAGAACUCUCAUGGUAUGGUGGAGGCCUUUGCUGUUGUGAAUCAACUUCAGAUUUCUUGGAAUACUAAUAUUAAUGGAUCUGCUGCUUUUAAUUUGAGCAAUAAACAAAAAAGAAUUAGAAAAAGAUUGUCUCAUUGGAAUAAAGUUGAGUUUGGAGACAUUGAUAGGAAUAUUAAUAAUCUACAAGCUCAACUUGAAACUAUUCAGAAUGAUAUGUCUUAUAAUUCUCAUCAUGAUAAUAUUGUUGCCAUCACUAAGAAACUUGAUGAUUGGUUUAAUAUUAAGGAAGAUUUCUAUAGGCAAAAAUCUGGUGAUUCUUUUAUUACUGAAAUGGAUCAUAAUACCAAAUAUUUUCACACUCUAGCUAACAGAAGAAUGUGUAGGAAAAAUAUUGAUUGUCUUUGUGAUACUAAUGAUGUUUGGUAUAGUGAUUCUAAAGAUAUUGUUAAUUUACUUGUGGAUCAUUUUUCUCAGGUUAGUAAAACCACUGUACCAGUGUUUACUGACAUUACUUUUGAUAUUCUUCCUACCGUUAUUACUGCUCAAGAUAACAACAAUUUGACUAUAAUUCCUACUAUGGAUGAAAUUCACCAAACAAUCAAACAUAUGAGUGCUUGGAGUUCCCCUGGGCCUGAUAGGUUUCAGGAAGGCUUUUAUCAAUAUAAUUGGGAUAUAAUUGGUAAGGAUAUUUCUACUACUGUUCAGAGUUUCUUUGAAACAGGUUAUAUGUCUAAGGACUUUAAUAAAACCUAUCUUAGUUUGAUUCCUAAAACUGAUAAUGCUAAGAGUCCAGUGGAUUUUAGACCAAUAGGUUUGUGCAACACAGUUUGUAAAGUCAUAUCUAAGAUUAUUGCUGAUAGAAUUAAAUCCUACUUAAAGCAUCUUAUAUCUCCUUAUCAAGCUGCUUUUGUCCCAGGUAGAGAUAUUCAUUAUAACAUUAUUGUUGCUCAUGAGAUGAUACAUACCAUGAAACAUAAAGAGGGUCAUAGUGGAACAAUGGUCUUAAAACUUGACCUUUCUAAGGCCUUUGAUAGAAUUGAAUGGAAUUUCCUUCUAGGUGUUCUUAAGAAAUUUGGUUUUGAUGCUAAAUUCGGUGGUUUCAUAGAACAAUGUAUGUCCACUACAACUAUUUCCGUGCUUCUGAAUGGUUCUCCCACUCAAAGUUUCUCUCCAACUAUAGGUAUUAGACAGGGUGAUCUUCUUUCACCCUAUCUCUUCAUUCUUUGUAUGGAAUUCUUAUCUAGAUUGCUCUUGAAUGUUGAGACUAAUCACUUAAUUUCAGGUGUAAAAGCAGCUAGGAAAGCACCAGGUAUCAUUCAUCUUAUGUUUGUUGAUGAUAUUUUGAUUUUUACGAAGGCAGAUAUGCACAAUAUAGAGGGUAUCAUGGGUGUUCUUGGCUAUUUUAGCAAUGUUUCUGUACAGAUGCUCAACCUAGACAAAUCCAAUGUUUACUUUAGUCAUAACAUUCCUCUAAGUUAUAGAAAUUUCCUAGCAAGAGAACUUAGAAUGACUCAAAUGACUGACACUGUUAAAUACAUGGGUGUGACUUUGUUAAUUGGUAGGGAUAAAACCAAGGCUUUUAAACCUCUUAUUCAAUCUUUUGGCACUAGACUAAAGUUUUGGAAAGGUAAGACAAUGAAUCACUCUGCUAGAACAACUAUGGUUAAACAUGUUUUGAAUGAUUUGCCUACUUAUCAAAUGGGGUUCUUUAGAAUUCCUAAAACUAUGAUAGAUCAGAUGGACUCCAUCCAAAAAAACUUUUGGUGGGGACAUAGUGAUAAUAAGGGUCUUUGUUUGAUAGGAUGGAACAAGAUGCAUGUUCCAAAGGCUCUUGGUGGCCUUGGUAUUAGGAACCUUGAACACUUCAAUACAGCUUUGUUAACUAAGGUUGCUUGGAAAGCCUGUAAUAAUGAUAACUCUUUAUAUAUGCAGAUUGUUAGAUCCAAAUAUGGUAAUAAUGGUAAAUUACUUCACCUAUAUAAAUUAAAAGAGGAUUGCUCUUGGCUUUGGAGGAGUAUAUACUCUGGCAUUGAAGUUUUGCAACAACAUUCCAAAUGGAUUGUUCAAUGUGGCACAAAAAUUAAAAUCUGGAUAUACAAUUGGAUUAUUGGUCUUAAUUGUCCACCUAUUCCAACUGUUGUACUUUCUAGCUUUGUUUCUUUUACAUUUGUUUGUGAUUUAUUCUACCCUGGUACUAGAGUUUGGAAUGAACAAAUUAUUAGUGCUAUCUUUGAUGUAGAAGAUUCUAAUGCCAUUCUCAGUAUGUAUGUGCCUGAUACAGGGGAGGAUUAUCUAAUCUGGAAACCAGAUAGGAGAGGUAAGUUUUCUGUGAAAAGUGCAUAUAAUGCACUCUGUGCUGAAGAUGUUAAUAAUGCUAUCAUAGGUGACACUAUACCUACAGAGGUUUGGAAAACACUUUGGAACUUUAAAGUUCCUCAUAGAGUUCAAUUAUUUAUUUGGAAAUGCCUGAAAAAUAUUGUGCCUGUUAGGGGAACAUUAACUUUUUAUAAGGCUGAUAUAGAUUCUCAAUGUGGUUUUUGCAGCAGCAACACUGAAACUAUUAGUCAUCUACUGGUGGAAUGCUCUUAUGCUAGAACAAUUUGGAAUAUUUCUGAUGUUAUACAAAACUUUAACUCCAUACAGGAUUGGAUUAUAUCUUGGCUUUAUUCUAACACAUAUGAAGGCAAUAAUAGUUUUCUCAUGACUGAUUCUAUUGUCAUUAAACUUAUGUGUGCAGUUUGUGUUUCUAGCAGCAGUCGUAUUUUUCCUAAAAUUUGGUUUCCACCAGAUACAGGCUAUAUUAAAGUUAACAUUGAUGCUUCUUAUGUUUAUGAAACAAAAAAGGGUAGCAUUGGACUAAUAGUUCGUGAUCAUGCAACGCAUGCUCUAGCGGUGAAAGGUUUUAGCUUGGAAGAAGAAAUAGAAGCUGAGGUUGGAGCAGAACAUUUUGAAUGUAAAGCCUUGAUCAAAGCUGUAGAAUGGAUAGAAGAAUAUGGAUUCAAUAAAGUGAUAAUUGAGACAGACUGCGAGAACUUGGUGAAAUCUAUACAUUUGGAAGACCCACAAGUGCACUGGAUCAAUCAUCACCUUUUUUCAGUUAAAAACAAAUUUUCAAUUCAUGAAUUCUGGUUUUGCAAGUUAGUUAAUAGAUUAAGUAAUAGUGUGGCUCAUGAGUUAGCAAGCAAAGCUAGACUUGAAGCUAGUAGUUUCUCUUUUGUCUCGAAUUUUCCUCCAGACAUUGUUAAGUGGAUUGAGGAUGAUAAUGUUCUCUCUGGAAGAGUUUAA